GCUCCAUCUCAAAAGUUGUGCGAAUAGCCAUAUACACCCAAAAUGGCAAGCAAUACGCCUAAGGAACAUGCGGAUAAUGCAGGGAGCGACAGUGAAGACGAGGAUGUCUUCCAUGAUGCUAGAUUUCCCGCUGAAGAAGAAGCUCAACUCCUGGAGGAAUCUCACUCUAUAAAAGCCGAAGCCAAUAAGCUGUUUACUGCGGCUUGCUAUGACCAAGCAAUAUCCUGCUACGAUCGUGCCCUUGCCUCGUGUCCGAAUUACCUCGAUUACGAAGUCGCCGUGCUACGGAGUAAUAUGGCUGCGUGCUACCUGAAGCUGGAAGACUGGAAGGCCUCCGUUGAUUCAGCAACGGCAUGUCUUGACUGUCUAGAGAAAGUGAUCCCGUCGGCGACUGAGAAUUCCGACGCUCCCCAAGAAAAGCAGCACGAGUCGGUCUCGACAGAUUCCGUGGUGGAAAUAACUGGCGACGAUGAAGAGGCAGAACAAGAAGAGCUCAAGCGGCUGCAGAAGGUUGAUGAGAGGAAAAAUGACGUUAUGCGAAUUCGGGCAAAGGCACUUAUGCGACGCGCACGAGCAAAGUCGCAGCUUAACGGAUGGGGGAACCUGCAAGGAGCCGAAGAAGACUACAAGUUGCUUGCCAGUAUGGACAAUUUACCGCCCGAUGAUAGGCGCAUUGUGCAAAAGGCUCUUCGGGAGCUUCCGGAUAAGAUAGCAAAGGCAAGAGAAAAAGAAAUGGCGGAGAUGAUGGGCAAAUUAAAAGACCUGGGUAACGGAAUCCUCAAGCCAUUUGGGCUUUCGACUGAUAAUUUCAAAUUCACCCAAGAUCCGAAUACGGGUGGAUAUAGCAUGAACUUCCAGUCUUAGACUAGCGUUUCAUCCAUGCAUUCUGUCCUAAUAUUCUAUAAGCGUUUUGCGUUGAAUUAGACGUUUCUUUUCUGCGGCAUUGUUGGUGGCACCGAGGGGGAUAGAAGAUUUUAUUCAUUUCUGAAAUAGUCUUAUCUACGUCAUGGUGAAAUUUGGCUUUCCCUCUCUUUUUGGAACCUUCUAAAGCAUUCAUCCUUCACAGUGAGCGCCGUUUAUGAUCGGCCUGGCGCCACAAGUGGAUGAGGCAUCUCUACAGGGAAUACUGAAUUCUCAGUUCCAAUAUCAAACUUCACUCUCUGGUUUGAUUGCAUGGCAGGUCAUAAGGUACAGGUAUAGGUGACAAACGCCAAUCAUCCUACGAUCUCCCAGGGACUUACAGCCGAAAACCCAUCGGAAGGGUUUUACUACGAUACCCAUGUCUAUCGAGUUACAUCCCUUGUGAAUUAUCCUAUAUAAGGGUGGCACUUACACGGAAGAUGGGGUACCUUCCAAUUUGUCGGAUACCUUCAGAAAAGGUCGAAUCAAUGAGUGACUGAAUAAGAUGGAUACAUACAACCGUUCCAUACCUUCAGCCGAUUUCUUCCUUUGCAAUGCUUGAUUCCCAUGCUGGGAGUAGUCUGUGCACCUUCUACGAUUUCCUUUACCUUUGGGACUAAGAAUUUGUCAAAUCCGUAUAUCAAAUAGAUGGUUUUGGAAGAGAAACAUUAAAUUUAAUAGAUAAUUCACCAGCAA